CUUUGGAAUAGAAUAAAACUUAAGAUUUUUGGAAUUUGUAUGAUUUAUGAAUGAAUUGAUUGAUAAUUCAGGAAAGUAAACAAGAAUUAAUCUAAAAGAAUUUGUUCUUUUUGAUUGGGUGAAUUCAAGUUAAUUUGAAUUUAAUAACCGGGAAUAUAUUGGCGGCUGAAUAAUAUAUUAAAUUUAUGGAUAUCACUAAUUGUUAACAUCCAAACCAUGAUUCUCAACGCAUAAAAUAUGUAUGUGUUGAUCCUUAAUGUUCUAUUCCUAAGAAAAUAGGUAUUGAAUACUUAAAAUCUAGGUUGUGCUGAUUGUUUUCUUGAUGAUCAUAUUACUCAUAAUAGAAAAACAACUAAUCAAUUUAAAGAUUUUGUAAAUGAAUCAAUUUAGUAAAUCAAUUCAAUUGAAAUUCAACAAUCAACAAACUCUCCUUAAAAGGAUUUAGAGAAACAAAUUGAUACAGAAUUAGACAACUGCAUGGAAUGUAUUAAAUAAAAAUUUAAUACAAUCAAAGGAGAUCUUAAAGGAUAAAUUGACAUUGAUGUUAUGAAAAUAUCAGAUAAUAGUGCUUAAUAUUAAUUAAAUAUGAAUAAUGAAUUAGAACCUUUUAAAAAAACUAUCAAAAAUGAUUUACAUACUCUUAAUUAAACUGAACUCAAUUCUUUAGUUAAAUUUUAUCAAGAAGCUCCAAAAAUACAUAAACAUUAUACAAAAGCAGCAGAAUAAAUCUCAGAAGAAAAAUAAAAAAUAAAAUAAAAAAAAUAAAAAUACUUAGCAAAAAUGCGAAGUAUUAUGCAAAUAUUACUAAAGGAAUUUAAUGAAUUAAUGACAUCUAAAAAUGUUUAACUAGAUGAUUGUUGUGAUUAUGAAACACCUUAAAAAUAAGCUAUGUCACCAAAUAAAAUGAUUAAUUUAGUUGAAACAGCACGUUCUUCAAGAAGGUUUCCUAUGUCACAAACAUAAAAAAAAUAUUUUUUAGCUGCUGUAACCAAAAAGUUGGAAUGA